AUGGCGGCGGCGGCGGCGGCUGUGGUGGGUUGGUUGGGCUGGGUGCUUGCCGCGCUCUGUCUGGGCAGCACCGCAGGGGAGGCGGCGCCGGCGCCGGGCGCGGGACUGCUGAGCUUCUGCACGGAGGAGGACGGCGCGCCGGGCGCGGGCUCCCUGCGCGGAAGGGCAGCGCCGGAGGCCACUUGGUGCUUGCGACUCUUCUGCUCCGGCUUGGCCAACAGCUCCUGGACCUGGGUAGCCGCCGAGGGCGCAGGCUGCCCCGAGGGCGGGCGGGCCACGGAGCCCGAGGAGGCGGCCGCCCCGACGGGCGAGUGGCGCGCGCUGCUGCGCCUGCGCGCCGAGGCCGGCCACCCGCGCUCCGCGCUGCUGGCGGUGCGCGUGGAGCCGGGCGGCGGGGCGGCGGAGGAGGCGGCGCCGCCCUGGGCGCUGGGGCUGGGGGCGGCCGGGCUGCUGGCCCUGGCGGCCGUGGCGCGCGGCCUGCAGCUGAGCGCGCUGGCGCUGGCGCCGGCCGAGGUGCAGGUGCUGCGCGAGAGCGGCUCGGAGGCGGAGCGCGCGGCGGCGCGGCGCCUGGAACCGGCGCGGCGCUGGGCCGGCUGCGCCCUGGGCGCGCUGCUGCUUCUGGCCAGCCUGGCGCAGGCGGCCCUGGCCGUGCUGCUGUACGGGGCGGCGGGCCAGCGCGCCGUGCCCGCCGUGCUGGGCUGCGCGGGGCUGGUGUUCCUGGUGGGCGAGGUGCUGCCGGCCGCCGUGAGCGGACGCUGGGCGCUGGCGCUGGCGCCGCGCGCGUUGGGCCUCAGCCGCCUGGCGGUGUUGCUCACCUUGCCCGUGGCGCUGCCGGUCGGGCAGCUGCUGGAGCUGGCGGCGCGGCCGGGGCGGCUGCGGGAGCGCGUGCUGGAGCUGGCGCGCGGCGGCGGCGACCCCUACAGCGACCUCAGCAAGGGAGUACUGCGCUACCGGACCGUGGAGGACGUGCUCACGCCGCUCGAAGACUGCUUUAUGCUGGACUCCGGCACUGUCCUGGACUUCAGCGUCCUCGCCAGCAUCAUGCAGAGCGGCCACACGCGCAUCCCAGUGUACGAGGAGGAGCGCUCCAACAUCGUGGACAUGCUCUACCUCAAAGACUUGGCCAUCGUGGACCCCGAGGACUGCACACCGCUCAGCACCAUCACCCGCUUCUACAACCAUCCACUCCACUUUGUCUUCAACGAUACCAAACUGGACGCUGUCCUGGAGGAGUUCAAGCGAGGCAAGUCCCACCUGGCCAUUGUGCAGAAGGUGAACAAUGAGGGCGAGGGCGACCCCUUCUACGAGGUGCUGGGCCUGGUCACCCUGGAGGACGUCAUCGAGGAGAUCAUCAAGUCUGAGAUCCUGGAUGAGUCUGAAGACUACGCAGACACAAAGGUGAGGAAGAAGACGGUCGCCUUGGGAGCGCCUCUCAAGAGAAAGGAAGAAUUUUCCUUAUUCAAGGUGUCUGAUGAUGAAUAUAAAGUAAAAAUCUCGCCUCAGCUGCUCCUGGCCACCCAGCGCUUCCUUUCCCGAGAGGUGGAUGUGUUCAGCCCAUUGCGAGUCUCUGAGAAAGUCUUGCUGCACCUGCUGAAGCAUCCCAGUGUCAACCAGGAGGUGACGUUUGAUGAGAGCAACCGCCUGGCCGCACACCAUUAUCUGUACCAGCGCAGCCAGCCAGUAGAUUACUUCAUUCUCAUUCUGCAGGGCAGAGUCGAAGUGGAAAUUGGGAAAGAGGGCCUGAAGUUCGAGAAUGGGGCCUUCACAUACUAUGGCGUGUCCGCCCUGACAGCCCCAUCCUCAGCUCACCAGUCCCCAGUGUCUUCACGACAGCUCAUCCGCCAUGACCUGCAGCCUGAACCAGCCGAUGGUACCCGCUCCUGCACGUACUGUCCUGACUACACUGUGAGGGCCCUUUCCGACCUGCAGCUCAUUAAGGUCACACGGCUGCAGUACCUUAAUGCACUCCUGGCCACCCGAGCCCAAAGCUUGCCUCCAUCCCCAGAGAAUGCUGAGCUCCAGGCUAUCCCAGGCAGCCAGACCAGGCUCCUUGGUGACAAGUCCAGAGAGACAGCAGCCUUCCCAGUCCAUCUUUCCCUCUUUGGCACACUUGGAAACUGCAGUUGAUAAAUGACUGUGGACUAGUGAGCAUUUUUUGUUUUAAGAGGACACCAAGGGUCCACCAACAGCAGACCCAGCAUCCCCAUGGAGGAGAGCCCUGGGCGGAACCCAGGAGUAUAACUGCUUGCCGGACAGCCCCGAGCUGGAAAUGGACAAGCAUUUGGGGAGCUGGGAGAGCUGAGCAGGAGCUUUAUGCCAGCCUGUCCCCACUUAUCCUGGCCACGUUUUAGAUGGCCCUUGUAAGCUGUGGGUCCUGAGCCACCUCGGUGCCAGAGCCUCCAGCCGUCCUGCUGUCCUUGAGGAGAUGCGAUUGUCAGAGCAGCCCUCCAGAAGCCUGUUUCCGAGGGGACAGAAGAAACAGCGUCAUCUCUAGUCCCCAGGUCCCGCUUCCCUGAUGCUAUAACAGCACAGUGUGUUAAUAUGUCUCCCUGAGCCCAGUGCCAUGUGGGUACAGCCACUGCCUUUUCAUGGCCCUGGCCUGUGCUCAUUCUGCUUUUGAUUGGCCAACCCUCUGUCAAUGGCGCCACUUUCUGAGCAAGCCAAGAGUGCUGGGUUUUGAUGGAAGUGUUCAAAUCCAUGUCCCUGCCGUGUACUUCUUGGCUUCCCCUACGAUGCCAUGUUUUGAUUCAUAUACCCCAGUUUUUCAGGUGCCAAAUCUAAGAGCACAGCUCCCUAAUAAUCUGUGCCCCGGUUCUGCUCCCUCCUGUGGAGGAAGCCCCUCUGGCUCCUCAGUCACAAGCAGGCUGGCCCAGGGUUGGUCGCCUUGCAUUGCUUUCCCACCACAGUAUUUCCAGUUUCUGUUUGAGGUCAUUUGUGGAAGGCCAAAGGUCAAUGUUGACUGACCUGGGGCCAUGGCCUGCUGUACCUGUCUUGUGCUCUUGCCCUGAGCACCCAGGAAGGUGUGCAGCUGUGUAACACAGAGCAGCAGUCAAUGAGGAUCGGUUGUAAGCUACGUCCUUGUCGCUUGCUUAGAAGUCACGGUUUUCUCAUUCUGUGCGCUUUUCUCUUCCAGUGAUGUUUUAGAGAUACAGGGGUAGAAAGAUUCUGUCUUUCUCUUCUAGUUUACCUAUACUUUCCACAGUUUCAGCUCUGGGACCGUAGAUUGGGGUGGGAAGGUAGGAUUUCUGGAACCUUCCUUAAAAGAAUGUGGGCCCUUGUGAAACUUGGAAGCUAAGAGAACAGCGGUACACUUGCUGAAAAAAAAUUAUUCUAACGGAAUAUGCUCUAAGAACAAACCCAGGUUGGAAACAAAUCUCCAAAACAGAAUUCUAAAUUUUGGCUGAACCUCAGGAUCGAGUUAGAACCCUGGAUGCCUGUGCUCACCUUGAACCCCCAGGGCUGUGGUCCUAAAGUAGUUUUAACUUCCUCCUAGAGGAGUCCCCUAUGCCCUUCGCCAUUGUCUCCUAAUGUUAACGUGUUAGAUAACCUUGUUGAAUUUAUCAGAACUAAAAUGUUAACAUUGGAGUACUCAACUGAGGCCUUGAUUUAGAUUUCACUUUUUCUUUGAUUUCUGGUAAUUAGAUUCCAGAUGCCAGGAUGCACUUGGAGCCGUUGCUUCUUUAGACCUAACUACAGUAAAGUAAUCGCAGAUUCACAGGAAGUGGCAAAGGCGCAGAGCCCGUGCACCCUUCAUCUGGCUUUCCCUAGUGCUCCAUGUCACUAACCAUAGUGUACAGGGCUGUGGGGCUCUGCACCCUGCCACCUCUGCAGACCCGAGUAACCGCUGGAGAAUACUAACCCACUGGACUGUCCCUCAAAGCCACCUGCCCCCCAAGCCCUGGGAUCAUAGACUGUUCCAUAGACUGUUCUCAGCUGUCAUUUUGUCAUGUCAAGAAUGUCAUUUGAGGGGCUAUGUUGUGUGCGGCUGGACUUUGGGAUUGACUUCAUUCAGCAUAAUGCUCUGGAGACUGUUCCAGGUCAGUGUGUCAGUGGCUCGCUCCUCCUCCUUGCCAAAUGGUGUCCCGUGGUGUAUUCAGUGUCCUGUCAGAGGACUCUGGGUUGUUUGCAGUUUUGGGCCUUUUCAAAAUAAAGCUGCUAUGAACAUUCACAUA